AGAGUGCUUCGCCUCGAAGCUGCUCCGCCAUAUUCAGCGAAGGUUUCGUGUGCGAUUCACCUACGUUUUCGGCCAGGAGAUGCAUUACAUCCAACAGCACACUAAAAGCCCUUUAGAAGAUGCCACAAUCGCGAAAGUUUUCGAAAGAAAAACUGGAAUUCAUCCGUAAUGGCAAAUUCCUGGUGGAGGACUCUCGCCGCCUGGAAGGACCCGACCAGGAAAAACGGUCCGAUACGAAAUGGCGCGGUUGGGCACUGCCAACCGAACUCUUUGAAGAGGUGUUUCAGUCGCUGGACACCAUCGACCGACAACGCUGCCGACGCAGCUGUCAACUGUGGGAUGCCAUUCUCACUUCGACGGAGAUGUGCAAAGUUGUUCGCGUAUCGCUCAAGCAUCCACCUUUCUCCCAGCGGCUCGCCAAAAAAUGGAAUGAUUGUUAUGCCGCGUACGGUUGCUUCUUCAAGCACAUAACUUCUGCAGCACGAACCAUCUGCAUUCGAGACACGGAAUGGGACUGCGACGAUCAGGACGAUUUGAAACUCGCCGAUGGAGCGACAACGUUGAUGCAAAAACUCUUGCACGAAGCCGGCAUUCGCAUCGAGCGUUUGAUCGUGCACCACCGAUCACUGACCAUCGACCAGGGUGAACCCGGUCCAUUGAAGUUGCAGGUGGUUUUUGCCGCGAUAGCCGCGCUAAAUUCCAAGCUGGCGACCUGCUGCGACCGCUUGAUUUGGAGAAGGCAUUCCUUGAAAUGCGAAAACAGCACCGGUGCGAUAGUGCUGGAAUUCCGUGUUCCGAUAACGAUGUUCAACCUGGGGGGUGUGGGAGCACCACAGAUUUGGGAUACAUUUGAGCAGCACCUGCGCUGCACGGGACCGGCGUUAGAUAUGGACCGCAUCGCCCAGUGGAUGGCGAGAUGCACCCACAGGAAUGCGAGAACUAAGAGAUUUGAAAAGAUUCUGAACGAUUUUCAAUCGUGCGACCCGCGCCCCUCUGCAAAUUUUCGGGAGAUCCUUGGACAGUGGGCGCUAUGACCAACCUGGACGUCCACAAGCUGAACACGUUGUGUCUACAUGUCUUGUGGCACUUCGUGCAGAAAUGGAAUCGAACGUCUUCGGAUGACGCUACGGACUCCAGUGGCAGUUCUGAAUCCGAUCCCGAAGACAGCUCCGAUUCCGAAGAGAGCUCCGAGUCGGAUUCGCACGGCAGCGACGAUACCGAAUCUACUAAUGAUGGCUCUGAUUCCAAUGGAAGCUCCGAGUCUGAUAGCAGUUCUGAAGCCGAGUCUAAUGACACCACCGACUCCGAUUUCUAGGACAGCCUCGGUUCCACAGCGGAUCAAACAUAGUCCAACUUCGAUAUGUAUGUAGUCGGAGAA